AUGAGCCCGCAUUUCCACUGCAAGCACACAGCAUCACUUCAGGUACAUGCCAUCACUCCAAGAUCACACCAUCACUCCAAAGCAUUUAUCAUCAUUCCAAGAUCAAGCCAUCACUCCAAAGCAUUUAUCAUCAUUCCAAGAUCAAGCCAUCACUCCAAAGCAUUUUUCAUCACUCCAAGAUCACACCAUCACUCCAAAGCAUUUAUCAUCAUUCCAAGAUCAAGCCAUCACUCCAAAGCAUUUAUCAUCACUCCAAGAUCACACCAUCACUCCAAAGCAUUUAUCAUCACUCCAAGAUCACACCAUCACUCCAAAGCAUUUAUCAUCAUUCCAAGAUCAAGCCAUCACUCCAAAGCAUUUAUCAUCAUUCCAAGAUCAAGCCAUCACUCCAAAGCAUUUAUCAUCAUUCCAAGAUCACACCAUCACUCCAAAGCAUUUUUCAUCACUCCAAGAUCACACCAUCACUCCAAAGCAUUUAUCAUCACUCCAAGAUCACACCAUCACUCCAAAGCAUUUAUCAUCACUCCAAGAUCACACCAUCACUAUGUUAUAAAGGAGAUUUGA